UCCAGCCACACUCAGGUCAGGACCUGUGGCACCUUCAGGCCAGGGGCAGUUCCCCUCCAGGAUGGACCCCAAGAGGUACCUUGGGAUGGGGGUGUCACCUCUGGGGGCUCCUGUCGUGGCAGAGAGGGGUGCUGGGAGGGAGCCCUGAUCCUAGGAACUGAGCUCAGCCUGUGCUCAGGAAUUCCACAGAACCGGGAUCCAGCAGGAGUCCGGAGGAAAUGAUCCUUUUCCUUAAGAAAUGCAAAUCUGAGCAGAAUGACUUCCCAGGAACCAAAAUGGAAUUCUGAGCCGAGCUUCCCUGUGGGAGUGGCUGCCAAGCCUGGGGGUGUCCUGAGACAUGGGACAGAACCUGGGAACCACCCAGGAAUUGGAAGGGCUCAACCUGGAGCAUGGCCUGGACACUGAGAUUCCACAUCUAGGCUGUAGGGAUGGGGGGACCUAUGGCACCUGGAUGAUAUGGUGAUUGGGGGAUACAGAGAGGCUGUGACCACAGCACCUGGGAUUUGGACAUGCAGACAUGUGGGGAUGCUGUGCCUACAGCAGCUGGGAAUUUGGGAUGCUGGGAUUUGGGGAUGCUGUGCCCACAGCAGCUUUGGUGCUGUUUUGGCAGCCCCGAGCUUUUGGGGUAGCUGCACAAACUGAGCUGCUCUGUCUGGGACACCUGCCAAAGGAGGCUCUGUUGUUCAGGGAAAACACCCCAAAAACGCAGGGUGAAGCGUGGGACCUUGAGUGCUGGAGCUCAGGGGCUGGGCGUGGCCAGGCUGGGCUAGGAGGGGCCCCAGGCCACCACUAGUCCCUGCCCACUGCAGAGCUCAGCUUUAAAGGUCCCUCCCAGUCCAGACCAUCCUGCAGUCUCAAGAGUCCAGGUUUUGCAAUUCCUGAAGGAUGCAGCUCUGGGGGGAGGCACAGGCCAAGAGGCUGCUUGGGAUGGGCUUCCACAGCAGAGGGCUCACAAACUCCAGCUCUGGGUUGGAGGAGGGGUCUGAAACUCGAGCUCUCCUCAGACCAGGGCCCCCUGUGUGCUCGGAGCUUGACUGUGAUAUCCAAAUCCAAGGGGAAAGAAUAGCCUGUGACUAUUGGCAAAAACAAGGAAUGGGGAGCAAGGAUGCAGUGGCGCGUGAAGAAACAAGUGACACAGAAGACCCUGUCCAGGAGAGGAAGCUGUACCUGCAGGAGGAGUGCAGGAUCCUCACACAACACCUGGACACGUACCUGGGGAGAGCCGAGCAGCUCCUGCAGGGAAACAAACGCCUGGAAAAGGAAGCCCAGGGCACUCAGGAGCAGAGCCAGUCCUACCUGUCCUGCGGAGCAAAGCUCAGCCAGGACCCUCCGGGUAUGGUCAUCACCCUGAACGAGCAGAACUGCCAGGAUCUGGCCCAAAUCCAGGCGCAGAAGGAGGAGCUGGUCCCACAGUACACUGGCAAGGAGCAGGAGGUGAGGAGCGCCCUGAAGGACACGGAGGCCGAGGCCUCGCUCCUGGACACGGAGCUGGGGGAGCUGGAGCCCUACAAGGAGCAGAAGGUGUGGGCGGAGCAGAAGGUGAAGGCGCUGGAGAAGGAACUGCGGAUCACCAGGAUCCGCUGUGCUGAGGAAACCCACGCCAUCAGGAGCAGGUUCCUGCAGGAAAAGGCGGAUUGCGAGCAGGAAUUCCAGCAGAGGAUGCAGGAGCUCACCUGGGGAGCAGAGGAGGUGGCGCUCCAGGCUCUGAUCCAGCACGUGGAACAGGUGAAAGCAGAGAACAGGCUCCUGCGCCAGGAGCUGCUUGGCCUCCUGCAGCACUGCCAGCUGCUCAGGGACACCAAAAUCCAGCUGCACGACCAGCAGGAGCAGCUGCUGCGGGAGAGCCAGUGCGCCCAGCGGGCAGCGCGGCUCAUACGGGCACGGGGCCCACGGCAGGGACCACCUGCCCUGCUCACCUGCCAGGGGGGCCCACGGACCCCAAAUCGCCUGGCUGCCACCUGGAGGAACUAA